AGGAACUUUCUGUUUCAUUUUCACAACGCGCCGUUGCGAUUCUCCGUUCCAUGACAUAGCUUUCGAGUCUUUCUUAGUACUUUCUCUGUCUUAGUGACUUUCAAACAUUUUCAUGACGGACUGAGGAAGCAAGGUCGUAAAAUAGUCAAAGGUGCCUUCCAUUUCCGCGACAGAGGCCAGGAUGACUUAAAACAGCAACUUUUUGAAAGAAGCAUCCCCUUACAGUUGCUAUGGCUAAAGAAAGAAGUCCAAUUAAGGUUCCAUCUGAAAAUGAAGACUUACCUGACAAAGAAAAUGCUCCAGAUUUUGAUGAGGACACUUUACGAGCCACAGCUGAUUUUUAUAGAAAUGAGGGUAAUGAGGCCUUCAAGAAAGGAGAUUUCAUCAAUGCUAUUCAUUUUUACACCAAAGGAAUUAAAAUGAACUGCAAUGAGAAAGAACUGAAGGCCAAACUGCACAACAACAGGGCUAUUGCACAUUUUAAACUUGGAAAUCACCAGGAUUCACUAAGGGAUGCAGAAGCAGCCAUUGAGUUAAAUCCAACUUUCCUUAAAGCAAUUGUGAGAGGUUAGAUAUGUUAGCUGUGCUAUAAUAAUAAUAACAAAAGAACUC